UAACAAUGAGCGGCCGCGGAAAGGGAGGAAAAGGACUCGGUAAAGGAGGCGCUAAGCGUCACCGUAAAGUUCUCCGUGAUAACAUCCAGGGAAUCACCAAACCCGCCAUCCGCCGUCUGGCUCGCCGCGGCGGAGUGAAGCGGAUCUCCGGUCUGAUCUACGAGGAGACCCGCGGUGUGCUGAAGGUCUUCCUGGAGAACGUGAUCCGGGACGCCGUCACCUACACCGAGCACGCCAAGAGGAAGACUGUGACCGCCAUGGAUGUGGUCUACGCUCUGAAGAGGCAGGGCCGCACCCUGCCGACCAGUGACCAUCGCUCAGGGCGGCAAACCAUGGCAAGAACCAAGCAGACCGCCCGUAAGUCUACCGGAGGCAAAGCCCCCAGGAAGCAGCUGGCCACCAAGGCUGCCCGGAAGAGCGCCCCGGCCACCGGCGGCGUGAAGAAGCCUCACCGUUACAGACCCGGUACCGUGGCUCUGAGGGAGAUCCGUCGCUACCAGAAAUCCACGGAGCUGCUGAUCCGCAAGCUGCCCUUCCAGCGCCUGGUGAGAGAGAUCGCUCAGGACUUCAAGACCGACCUGCGCUUCCAGAGCUCCGCCGUCAUGGCUCUGCAGGAGGCCAGCGAGGCCUACCUGGUCGGCCUGUUCGAGGACACCAACCUUGCAAUUAUUGUAACAAUGAGUGGCCGCGGAAAGGGAGGCAAAGGACUCGGUAAAGGAGGCGCUAAGCGUCACCGUAAAGUUCUCCGUGAUAACAUCCAGGGAAUCACCAAACCCGCCAUCCGCCGUCUGGCUCGCCGCGGCGGAGUGAAGCGGAUCUCCGGUCUGAUCUACGAGGAGACCCGCGGUGUGCUGAAGGUCUUCCUGGAGAACGUGAUCCGGGACGCCGUCACCUACACCGAGCACGCCAAGAGGAAGACUGUGACUGCCAUGGAUGUGGUCUACGCCCUGAAGAGGCAGGGCCGCACCCUGUACGGCUUCGGAGGAUAAACUACAAAAUCUAACCCAGAAA